AGUGUACCUGAAGGAGCAGCAGCGCCGCACUCGAUGUGUCCUUUCCCAUUCAUUGUUUCCGUGACGCCCAGAAGAACGGCGGACAGUUGGAAUGGCGAACUGCCAUGAAGGUUCUGAUUUGAAUGCGUCCCACCUGGAGCCGGAGAACACACACACACACACCCAUGUGGCCUCCAGCCGCCGAUGAGUGCUGACUCAUACCAACGAUGCGCUGACCCUGGCAACAACAGCAAAUUCCAAAGAAGAAAGAAAGGAAUGCGUUAUGUCCGACGCAGCUCUCUGGCCGGGCGACGGGUGUGCAUCGUGACAAUAAAAGUCCUUUUUCCUACUAUUUAUUUAUUGGAGGGGCCUCGCCUUCUUCGUACGAGACGGUGCGGGCGCGUGGAGGCGAAUUUCUUUUGGCUAUUUCGCUCGUGGCGCACCAGAUUCGAAGUUUUGAUUUCUGAUUCUUUCUUAACUUCAGCUUCGGCAGCACGAAAAAAAACAGAGGAUUUCUCUUGUCUCCUGUUGACGCGUUGAUGGCAAGUGCGUGCGUGGCUGCUCCUUCGUUUCCUCCUCUCCCACCAUCUCCCUUUUCAUCUUACUCUUGUCUCUCUUGUCUCUUUAUUAUUAUUAUUGUUUUGCUGCCUUCUUACGAUAGGUGCGGCUCUGUUCCCUCCCUCCUUUCUAUUCGUAGGUAACUGUACGUACGUGUGUUGUUGUGCCCGCCUCGGCUUUCACGAGGCACCGCGGCACACAGUACACGCGCCAUCGUUCUGCUUCCAUGACGAGAGAGGGCCCGUUGAGUGAGGGAUUUACGAAGGUGAAGGUGUCAAGAACACGCUGUGCGGCAACAACAACAACACCAACAAAAGAACUCGUCUUCUCGCCAUUCUAAAUAAAUAAAUCAGUUUGUUGGUAUCGUUGUUUCUUCGCUGUCUCGUUCCUUCUUGUUUUGGCUUAUUCGUUCAUUCACGAUUUUCACGCAUUAUUUUUUGGUUGUUGUUGUUGAGGCAUCAUCUUUCAACUGACCGGGAUCCUUGUCGAGCAUCUGGUGUUUAUAUAUAUAUAUAUACACCACACACCACACGGCACACACAGGGGAGGGACUUAAGCGGCAAACGUAUACGCCGCGGAAACCGGACGAGGCAUGAAGCUCUUUGGCAGCUCGCUGUUUGACUCGGACAAGACCUACCGGCCCAAGAAGAAGCACAAGGAGGGAACCGAGCGCUACCGACUGCACAACUUCGCGCGGUCGCUCGUGAAGUCGGGUGACCUGCGCCAAGCCGUCCAGCUUCCUCCGGGCGUUGACCUCAACAACUGGCUGUCGGUGCACACGGUAGACUUUUACAACAUUACCAAUGUCAUUUACGGUUCCCUCACGGACUACUGCAGCGACACGAGCUGUCCGGUGAUGUCCUCAGGCCCGCGCUACGAAUACCUGUGGCGUAACCCACCCGAGUACCCCAAGGCGACCCGCGUGUCGGCGCCGCAGUACCUCGACCUGCUGAUGAAGUGGAUUGAGCGUCAGAUCAACGACGAGCGCGUUUUCCCGUCCGAAGACUACAACCCUUAUCCGGUUGAUUUCAAGAAUUACGUGAAGAACAUUUUUCGCCGCAUGUUUCGCGUCUACGCACACAUCUACUACUCGCAUUUUACGAAGAUCGCUGAGCUGCAGGAGGAGGCGCACAUGAAUACAGCCUUCAAGCACUUCAUGUUCUUUGUGUGGGAGUUUGACUUGAUUCCCCGCGAAGAGCUGACACCGCUGCAGGAGCUGCUGAAGAACUUGAUGGGCGACUACGCCAAGGAGCGCCUGGAGUAA